UAAAUUUCCAUCCAUGUACCAAGAAAAAAAUCGAAACCGUGCAUUUGCCCAGAAAAUUUAAAGAACGAAAAUGUCUCUGAGAAACGACGACUACAAGUUUCUUCAGAUAGUAGACGCCAUUGCUUCAAUUAACCAAAGAGUCAAUCUCAUCGGCGUUGUCACUGAGAGUGGCUUACCUAAGCAGUCCAAAGGCACUGACUGUUGUGUUUCAAUCAAAAUUAUUGAUGAGUCUCGGCCGAGUCAUGGAAUUUCAGUCAAUUUUUUCGAGGAGACUGUGGACAAGCUGCCUCAUGUGAUGACAGUGGGGGAUAUUAUUCAGCUUUCUCAAGUUGUGAUGAAAAGCUAUGGACACUAUGGACCUGAUGCUGGUGUUAAUGCUUCAUACCACAAGAAGUUCUCAUCAUUUGCGUUAUAUGAAGGAAAAAAUGGUACAAGCUUUACACCAUACCAGUGUUCUGCUAAAUUUCGUGCCAGUGAACGAGAUAACCAAUUUAUACUGGGCAUACGAGACUGGUUGGCUGGUGAACAAAUUGAUACAGGGCCUGCUAAUUUGUUACAUUUGAAAGAGUUAAAGGAAGCCAUUGACCUCAAUUUAGUUUGUAAGAUUCUUCAUGCACGUGAAACAACAAGAGAUGAAUGGAUGCUCUUUGUUUGGGAUGGUACAGACACCCCGCCAGUUUCUAUAAAUACAAAGCUAGAUGAUGAAAUGGAAAACUCACUGCCUUUACAAUUGGAACCUAUUCCCUUAUCAAGAAAUGUUUUAUGUACAUUCCCACCACUUGGAACUGUUUUAAGAGUGAUUGUAGAUUCUUGCAAUAUAAAGUUUGGUCUCAACUGCAUUAAAACUGGUCAAUGGGUUAAACUCUUAACCCUGAGGUGUGAAGUUAGUUCGUCAUUGUGGCGUGCUGUUCUAGGGCCAUUUUCAAAAUUUGGCUACCUGCCUGAUGACAACGACCUUGUAUUACAACGUAAAAGGAACUAUGAUGAUCGUUUGUCAUCAAAAUUAGGAUGCAUGCCUCUAUCAAGUUUUCCAUGGCAUUCUGGAAUGACACAGACUUCAUGUCCAAGUGUACCCUUCACCACUUUGAUGAAUGUUCUAACAUAUUCAGAGGUGACGUAUAAGUUUCGGUGUGUGGUUCGGGUAGUUGCAUCAUUGCCUUGGAGAGUUUCAGAGUUCCGCUCUCCUUCAGGGACCUAUAGGGUCAGGUUGACACUAGAAGAUCCAACUGCGAGAAUCCAUGCUUUUCUUUAUGCAGAUGAUGCGGAAGAGUUCUUUAGACCUCUCCCAUCAGCUGAUCAAUUAACAACAAAGUGGAAUCUGUUGCUUGGUGUUCCUGCGAGCAGCGCCUAUGGUAGUAAUGCUUUUAGAUCUCCUCCAUGGAUUGAGUGCUGUCUGAAGUCUUAUUACGUCGACAAAAGUGAUGUUUGGGGUAGUAGAAACUAUCAGAUCUUUGCAACAACUUUAGUGGAAUAGCCUUGAACAUUUCCCCCAAUACUACUGUCAUUUGCAAUCUUUUCUAUAUCAACAUUUUUUGGUAAAUAUGAUGGACAAGAAGAAGCAAUUAAAGUCAUACAGUAAAUUUAUAAAGUCAAGUUCGAGCCCUUCAGUUGUUCUUCAAUGAACUUGGAUUCUCGUUCAACACUUUUCACACUGUAUUAGGUGUGAAUACAGAAGGAGACUGGGAUUGGCCGAUUGGGUGCGUCCAUUAUUUUAACUGAAAACUAUACUGUAGGGUGGGAAUACUUACGACUAUACUACAAUGCCAAAGAGUGCAAUACUGCCACAGAAAGAGCAGACCGUUAGAGAUCAAACUUGGUCACCACAUCUUAGUACUUACCACUGUACUAUAAGUUUAUGAAGCCUAUAUUGACAACUUUUAAGUUUACAUUUUAAUAACACUAUAACAGUUUGCUAAUUUCUCUGAUGAUAGGUUUAGAUACAAAAUUAUCAAUUCUUUGAAGUCUAAAGGUCUCAAGUUUGGUGCCAUUGUGACAUUGUUCUAUAAACUUGACAAUUGUUAAGUUAAAUAAGAAAGCAAAAAAUGUGUUUGUGAUUUCUGC